CUCAUUAAUUACAUUUUAGGUCUUAAUGUCUACAUCAUACCUGACUUAACUCCACCAUUUGGAUCUUGGACGGCUUUUGUUUGGAUUCCGACAUAAGUCCAGCAAACAUCCUCUGGCACGCUCUGUGCUAUAUACCUUCAGCUUCUCUGUUAUUUUUUUUUCAUUUUCAGAGAAGCUCAGUGUUUUUUUGCUUAAACAAGGCUAAUCAGAGAUGGCUGAUGAGGAUAUUCAACCUCUUGUUUGUGACAAUGGAACUGGAAUGGUCAAGGCUGGUUUUGCUGGUGAUGAUGCCCCAAGGGCAGUGUUUCCUAGUAUCGUCGGUCGACCACGCCAUACAGGCGUGAUGGUGGGAAUGGGUCAAAAGGAUGCCUAUGUAGGAGAUGAAGCUCAAUCAAAGAGAGGUAUCCUUACCUUGAAGUACCCUAUCGAACAUGGCAUUGUCAGCAAUUGGGAUGACAUGGAAAAGAUUUGGCACCAUACUUUCUACAACGAGCUUCGUGUCGCCCCUGAAGAACAUCCGGUACUUCUUACAGAAGCACCGCUUAACCCCAAGGCUAAUAGGGAGAAGAUGACUCAGAUAAUGUUUGAAACAUUUGAUGUGCCUGCUAUGUAUGUUGCUAUUCAGGCAGUUCUUUCACUUUAUGCCAGUGGUCGUACAACAGGUAUUGUGUUGGAUUCUGGUGAUGGUGUGAGCCACACUGUGCCAAUUUAUGAAGGCUAUGCUCUUCCCCAUGCCAUUCUCCGGUUAGACCUUGCCGGUCGUGAUCUUACGGAUUCCUUGAUGAAGAUCUUAACCGAGAGAGGGUACUCUUUUACGACGACUGCAGAACGGGAAAUUGUUCGUGACAUGAAAGAGAAGCUCGCAUACGUAGCUCUUGAUUACGAGCAAGAAUUGGAGACUGCCAAGAGUAGCUCUGCCAUUGAAAAGAGUUACGAAUUGCCCGAUGGUCAAGUGAUUACAAUCGGAGCGGAAAGGUUCCGUUGCCCUGAAGUAUUGUUCCAACCAUCUCUGAUCGGAAUGGAAGCAGCCGGAAUCCACGAAACUACAUACAACUCCAUUAUGAAGUGUGAUGUUGAUAUCAGAAAAGAUCUGUAUGGAAACAUAGUGCUGAGUGGUGGAACAACCAUGUUCCCUGGUAUUGCUGAUAGGAUGAGCAAGGAAAUCACUGCACUUGCACCUAGCAGCAUGAAGAUCAAGGUGGUUGCACCUCCUGAGAGAAAAUACAGUGUUUGGAUUGGAGGUUCCAUUUUAGCUUCUCUUAGCACCUUCCAGCAGAUGUGGAUUUCCAAGGCUGAGUACGAUGAAUCAGGUCCGGCUAUCGUUCACCGGAAGUGUUUCUAAUUUGGAUGAUAUGAAUUAUCAAGUCUACAUUUAUCGGUCCGUGUCGUUGCGAGUUCAGUUCGGUUGCCUCCCGGAAAGCUUUUUUUUUUUUUCUUUAAUCAAUCUGGUAUAUAUAUAUUAUAUUAUUGUUGGCAUUGAGUGGCUUGUAAAUUGUAAUGCUUUGGUCUAUAUUUCGUUUAGGCCAGAAAGUCUUCAUUUGGGGAAUUUUCCGUUAGAUCAUUGAAUGAUUUUUUUUUUAUUAGAAAGAUUGAUUGCAAGAUAUAUAAUAAGAAUCAGAAGUAUGUUUUUGUUUGAUUAAAUUUUAAUUUUAAAAAUGUUUUAUA